CUCCCGGGACCGUGCCCGGCGCGCGGGGCGGUGGCGGGCGGGUGGGAGCUGUCCACGGUGCUGAAACUGCGGCGGCGACAGCGACAGGGACGCGGCCGGGAGCAGGGAGCUCUCCUGGAAGCUCCAUCGCGGCUGCGAGGCGGGGGACACCGUCGCUCGCCGGCCCAUGCCCGGUCCCCGAGCCCCGCGAGGAGGCGGGACGGUCCGCAGCGCGACAGGCUCUGUGAGGACUGAGUGGCAGACCGGGACUCCCCUCCCUGGCAAGGGCAGACAGAACCAUGGAGAGACUGAGUGAAUUACAGAACCCACUGCUGCCAAGGAGCCCCGCCCACCUCCACAGUUCCUACCCCUACACGGAGGCCCCGUCUAGCUGGUCCUGCCAAGAAAAGCUUUAUUCCUACCUCCUAGGAGGUGCUGGUCCUGCUCGCACCCACCAGCUCCUAGACCCAGGGUCGCUGAAGCUGGCCGUGGAGGCAUGGUAUCGGCCUCGCUGCCUCCUGGGAAAGGACAAGGUCAAAGAGCCCAAAGCAGGUAGCUGUGAGACCAGCUUCACCGAGGCCAGGGAGCCCCCACUGGGUCCCACGGAGCAGGGAUCAGAACCUGGCCAAACGGAGGAGGAUGUCACCAUCCACACUGUGUCCUAUGGGGUCCAAGAGGAGCUGCAGGGCCAGGAGGAAAGCCAGGAGGAAGAGAGUGACGCGACCUCAACAGAGAGCGAAAGCGAAGACACCUUUGUCACCCUGCCUCCCAGGGACCACUUGGGGCUCACCCUCUUCUCCAUGCUCUGUUGUUUCUGGCCCCUGGGCAUCGCUGCCUUCUACUUCUCCCAGGGGACCAGCAAGGCCAUCUCCAAAGGAGACUUCCGCCUGGCUAGCACCACCUCCCGCCGGGCACUCUUCCUGGCCACACUCUCCAUCGCUGUGGGGGCCGGUCUCUAUGUGGCUGUGGUGGUGGCUCUGGCCGCUUACAUGUCCCAGAAUGGCCAUGGCUAGUGGCUAGUAAGACCCUCAUCCUGGCGCUCCUGGCCUACCAGAGGAAGGUGUAAGGCUUGGAACUGUGUACUCUAUGGAGAGCCUUGACCCUGAAGAGAACCUGUGAAAGCAGCCUGUUAAGGGGAGGCCUCCCAUUCUGCAGUCCACACAGCCCUCUUGCUCACUGCUCGCCGUCCCAGAGUAGGCAGGUUGUGAACCGGAAGCAGGAGAGGCAGGGUUGUCCAACAGGCCUCACCCUGCCUACUCUGCCCACUUCCCACAGGGCCUCUGUUCCACAGGCAGCUCAGACCCCACUUGCCAUCUUUCCCACAGAGAAAGAGCAGGAGGCUCGAGGGAGGAAAAGGAAUACCCAAGGAGCGAAGGGUGUGGUCAGUGUUUGUAACCCAUAGGGCUCUCCCCUGUGUACAUCUUGAGCAGCUACCCAGGCCCCCACCAUGACGCCCAGGAUCCUCCAACCAGGAAAGAAAUACAUGGACCCCAGCCAUUCCCUGCUCCUUCUGUCUCUGGGUAUUACAUAUCUCUCUUGUUGGUGCAGAAGAUAGUCUGUAGUGUCUCCCAGGGUGGAGAUGACACGGGAGAACUCUGUCCUGAGGGCAGGUUGCUAGGCUUUUCUGUGCCAGAUAAAAUCAAGUGUGGUGCCAGAGAGGGUGGAGGCCUAGAAUCCUGCAAGACCACAUAGCCCCCUACUGUACCCCGGUUCUUCUCUACCAUCCCUUCUAGGCUCUGCUGGGAGGACUCUGAGUUGGUGCCCCCCAGCAAGGGAGACUGGGAAAGGAUAUUGCAAAUCCCCAGCUACUGAGUGCAAGACCCUGGACUCAGGUUUAUGGGGAAAGGGUGAGUAAUGUAGACAGAGGAGGAACACACAGAUGCGGGCUGUGCAGCAGUCAGCAGUGCUCAGGAGGAGGCGUCUCUUGAGCAAAGUCUAGAAGGGCCACCAGAAUCUACCUAAGAUUUGUUUCUAUGUAACUCUACAUGCUGGUGGACAAGGGCGUGUUAGAGCCUCCCAUGGAGGUUCCCAGGCUGUUCCGAUUCGGCCUGGACUAUCCAGUCUGGAAUAAUUUUUUGCAGCCAUUUCUAAACCAUCCAUCAAAGGCAGGAAGGCCAAGCCUUUCUCUCCAUCCAUGAUAUUUUCCCAUCUUUGAAUGAUGGGGCAAUGGUGGUAAUGGCCCCUGAUAACCUUCGCUGAUAACUGCCACUCAGGAUAUUUCAAGCCCCUCCACCCCAAGGCACUAAGGAAUGACAGUUUCAGUGACAUUGAGAGCAAAAGACCUGGACCACUGGGAAGGCAGGCCCGCUGGGAUUCAGCCUGCAGGACUACUGUGCACAAUCCGGGGAACCUGGCAGUCUGUGCUCUCGUCCCACGCCCUCCCCAUCCCCCUCACUCCAGGUGUUGCCCACGCUCCACUCCCAGCACUGGCAGUUGAAACGUCCCCCGUACUGUCUCUAUUUAUCCUGACAAUAAACUUUUCUGUAACACCUGGUGC